CCAUUAUAUAUAGCUUCUCAGACCAGUACCUGCUACUGCACGCUCAUUGAUCCCUCUUGAAAUGGAGAAAGCAAACACUAAGUCUGCUUUGAAGUUUGUGAAGAAUAAUUCACGGUCUGCAGCUGAAUGGAGCAUUGCAAACUCAAGAGGAAUGACAAUGGGUGUUUCACAGACAAAAGAACUCAAAGAAAGGCUUACUGACAAGAACAAGCAGGCUUCAAGGAAGUCUCCUCCCAAAGAGAAUACAAAGCCACAAGAGUUCAAACUCCACACUCAAGAAAGAGCUGUCAAACGUGCCAUGUUUAACUAUGCAGUCACAACAAAGUUCUACCUCACGGAGAUCCAAAAGAAACGAGAGGAGAAGUUGCUGAAGAUGAUUGAAGAGGAAGAGGUUCGUUUGAUGAGGAAGGAGAUGGUCCCAAGAGCUCAAUUGAUGCCAUAUUUUGACAGGCCAUUCUUGCCACAAAGGUCAAGCAGGCCGUUAACAAUUCCAAGAGAGCCAAGCUUCCUGAGCAAGAGGUGGGACUGCAACUCAGGAUAUGAGUUUUACAACUUGUUUCAGCAUCCAGCUCUGAUGAUGAAGCCCGUCAAGUAGAAACUUCUUUUCUCGUGGUGGGUCGUGUGAGAAAACGACAGUGUAAAAUGUACUUUUGUGUUCCGUUUGUAUUGUCUCGUGCAUGUUAUACACUAGCCACGCGUAGAGAGAUUUUUGUACUAUACCAUGCCAUCACUAACUAGGUCCACUGCACUCGAUGAUUUAGGCGAAGACGGCUUUCACGGUUUCACUGUAUCAAUGAAAUAAAAGAUGUCUUGUGUUUUUGACUUUC